AAUGGUGCGGCGUCCGUGUGUUUAUUAAAUCAUCUGGCGUCUGCAAGAGUGCUUCAGGGAUGGAGGUGAACAGGGAUGAAGCUGAACGCUGUAUUGAUAUCGCUGUCGAGGCUCUGGAGGACUCGCAGCACGAGAAAGCGCGCCGGUUCCUAGAGAAAGCGCAGCGGCUCUUCCCGACGCACAGAGCCCGGGAUCUGCUGGAGUCUCUGGAGAGGAACGGAAACCCCUCGUGGUCUCAGAGCAGCGCCGGCGGAGCCACCGAAGGUACAGAAACACACCAGCGCAGGUCCGGAGUCAGCAGUAACGGAGAGAAACCUGCAGAAUCCAGCAAACCAUACACACCCGAGCAAGCCGACGCCGUCAGAAGAAUAAAGCAGUGUAAGAACUACUAUGAGAUCCUUGGGGUACAGAAAGACGCAUCAGAAGACGACUUGAAGAAAGCCUACAGAAAACUGGCACUAAAGUUUCACCCUGAUAAGAAUCACGCGCCGGGGGCCACAGAAGCAUUUAAAGGUACUGCAAGCCACUUCUUCACAUGAGUUUCUCUUCCUGUUAAGUCUAAAAAGAAAUAGAUAUUUAUUUUAUACUACAGUGCUGAUGAGUGCUGGAUUCUGAUUGGCUGAUGAGGAUUCUAAGAUAUUCAGAUAAAGCACAGCUAAAGUAGUUCUGGCAGGUUUCAGGAAUCAUUUUCUGGAGGCUCACUUUAAACAAUUCAUUUAAAUCAGUGAAUUUUAGGUGCGUUCUACUUGAACCAUGGCUUCAGCCAGUGAUCAACAAGAUUAGCUGAGCGCAGGCAGGGGUGGAGUUGAAAACAGAGCUGUCAUGCCGGACACUUCAGGCCUCAAAGUUGCGGCAGUCAUGAUGACCAAUCACAUGGCUAGGGUUGUAACGGUAUGAAUUUUUCACGGUAUGAUAAUCGUCUAAAACAAUACCACGGUUUGACGGUUUCGCGGUAUACGGUAUGUUACAAAUGUUACAAAAUAAUAGAACAGUGAAGCAAAUUUGACUUUUUCCAAAUAAUAUAUUUUUAGUUACUAUAAACAACACCACUUACAAUGAACAAAUAAAAAAUAA